AGCCACGCAAGAAAUUGUCCAAAGAAGAUAAGAAAGGCAGUAAAAGUGGGUAAAGGGGACUUGUGUGGGGAGUAUGAAAGCCACGCUUCCACAUAUGUUGUUGUUUCGAUCUAGCGUACGUCUUCCACUGUCUUAUCUUCUUCUCCCUUCCUACUACCUCUCACUCUACUAACUAGUAACUACUACAUCUUUGAUCUUUGAGAGGAACUGAAAGAAGAGAUCGAAGAUCGAGAAAAAAGAAAAAGCUAAUUAAAUAGAAAAUGGCCAUGCCCUCCAGACCUCACACAAUAUUAAACAAGUCUUUACCAGCGUCUUCUUUGGCUACAAUCGGCAAUGCUGGUUUGCGAAGACCCUCCGAUCGUUUUGCUCUAAAGUCUUCCUUCUUCUCUCCAUCACUUAACCUCUUGCUUGUUCCUCACCAGAAGAACACUCCUGCUUCUCCUGCUCCCAGAUUCUCCAUGCGUGUCGCUUCCAAGCAAUCCUAUAUUUGCCGCGAUUGCGGGUAUAUUUACAAUGACAGAACUCCCUUUGAGAAACUAUCUGAUAAGUACUUCUGUCCUGUCUGUGGUGCUCCUAAGCGGAGAUUUAGGUCGUAUGAACCUGCUGUGGUGAAAAAUGCUAAUGACACAGAUGUUCGCAAGGCACGGAAAGAACAACUUAAGAGAGACGAAGCAAUUGGGCGGGCGCUCCCGAUCGCAGCUGUGGUGGGAAUUGUGGCACUUGCGGGAUUAUACUUCUACCUCAAUAGCACUUUUAGCUGAAUAGGUUGAGCUGUCAGUCAUCCUAUGUGACUAGGGUUGACAAAAUUUUCCUGUAAUUUUUCAUUUUAUUUCUCAAACUUCCUUCAGAUUCCACUUUACAUUUUCCCAUCACGAUCCUAAUUGCUGAAAAAGUAAUUUCCUCUC